AGGAAGCGCGCCCGGCCCGGCGGCCCGGCCGCCCGGCACCGCUACGAGGUGGUGGCGGAGCUGGGCCCCGAGGAGGUGCGCUGGUUCUACCGGGAGGACAAGAAGACCUGGAAGCCUUUCAUCGGCUACGACUCGCUGCGCAUCGAGCUCGCCUUCCGGACGCUGCUGCGGGCGCCCGGCGCCCGGGCCCGCGACGACGACCUCGCUUGCGGCCCGGCGGCCCCCGAGCGCUCCGCCGAGGACGACUACGAGGAGGGGGACCGCGCCUGCGGCUUCUGCCCGCGCGCGGCGGGGCGCGAGCCCGACGCCGAGGGGCUGGUGCACAUCGAGCCGGUGUGCGUGCGCGGCGGCCUCUACGAGGUGGAUGUGACCCAGGGGGAGUGCUACCCGGUGUACUGGAACCAGGCUGAUAAAAUACCAGUGAUGCGUGGACAGUGGUUUAUUGAUGGUACUUGGCAACCUCUAGAAGAAGAAGAAAGUAAUUUAAUUGAGCAAGAACAUCUCAGUUGUUUUAAAGGUCGGCAGCUGCAGGAAAAUUUUGAUAUUGAAAUGUCAAAAUCCAUAGAUGGAAAAGAUGGCAGUGGGAUCAACUAUUCUGUUGUCUACCACCUCCCUCCCUUCUCCCUCCCUUCUCUCUUCAAAUGGAGAGGAUAUAAGGAGAGUUCAGAUGCGGCAGGUCUUAAACGAAAGCGUUCCCAAGCUAUUCACAGUUUCAAAUUGAGUCGAAACCACGUGGACUGGCACAGCGUGGAUGAGGUGUAUCUUUAUAGCGAUGCGACAACAUCUAAAAUUGCAAGAACAGUUACCCAAAAAUUGGGAUUUUCUAAAGCAUCAAGUAGCGGGACCAGACUUCACAGAGGUUACGUAGAAGAAGCCACGUUAGAAGACAAGCCUUCUCAGACUACCCAUAUCGUGUUUGUUGUGCAUGGCAUUGGGCAGAAAAUGGACCAAGGAAGAAUUAUCAAAAAUACGGCCAUGAUGAGAGAGGCUGCAAGAAAAAUAGAAGAAAGGCAUUUUUCCAACCAUGCAACACAUGUUGAAUUUCUCCCUGUUGAGUGGAGGUCAAAACUUACUCUUGAUGGAGACACUGUUGAUUCCAUUACUCCUGACAAAGUACGAGGUUUAAGGGACAUGCUGAACAGCAGCGCAAUGGACAUAAUGUAUUACACUAGCCCACUUUAUAGAGAUGAACUAGUUAAAGGCCUUCAGCAAGAGCUCAAUCGAUUAUAUUCCCUUUUCUGUUCUCGGAAUCCAGACUUUGAAGAAAAAGGGGGUAAAGUCUCAAUAGUGUCCCACUCCUUGGGGUGUGUAAUCACUUAUGACAUAAUGACUGGCUGGAACCCAGUUCGACUGUACGAGCAGCUGCUGCAGAAGGAGGAAGAGCUGCCGGACGAGCGGUGGAUGAGCUAUGAAGAACGGCAUCUCCUGGACGAGCUCUAUAUAACGAAACGACGGCUGAGGGAAAUAGAAGAGCGGCUACAUGGGUUGAAGGCAUCGUCCAUGACACAAACCCCUGCCUUAAAAUUUAAGGUUGAAAAUUUCUUCUGUAUGGGAUCCCCACUCGCAGUUUUUUUGGCAUUGCGUGGCAUCCGCCCAGGAAACACUGGAAGUCAAGACCAUAUUUUACCUAGAGAGAUUUGUAACCGCUUACUAAAUAUUUUUCAUCCUACAGAUCCAGUGGCUUACAGAUUAGAACCAUUGAUAUUGAAACACUACAGCAACAUUUCACCUGUCCAGAUCCACUGGUACAACACUUCCAACCCUCUACCUUACGAACAUAUGAAGCCAAGCUUUCUCAACCCCGCCAAAGAACCUACCUCAGUUUCAGAGAAUGAAGGCAUCUCAACCAUCCCCAGCCCAGUGACCUCACCGGUCCUGUCCCGCCGACACUACGGAGAAUCUAUUACUAAUAUCGGCAAAGCCAGCAUAUUGGGGGCUGCGAGCAUCGGGAAGGGGCUCGGAGGAAUGCUCUUCUCCAGAUUCGGACGCUCGGCGGCGCCGCAGCCAUCGGAGACGGCCAAGGACCCGGCGGAGGACGAGAAGAAGCCCGCUGCCGCGCCGCCCACCGCCACGGUGGCCACGCAGACGCUUCCCCACAGCGGCUCCGGCUUCCUGGACUCCGCAUAUUUCAGACUUCAAGAAUCAUUCUUUAAUCUCCCACAACUUCUUUUUCCGGAAAAUGUAUUGCAGAAUAAAGAUAAUCCCCUCGUGGAAUUGGACCACAGGAUCGAUUUUGAACUCAGAGAAGGCCUCGUGGAGAGCCGCUAUUGGUCAGCCGUCACAUCGCAUACUGCCUAUUGGUCGUCCUUGGAUGUCGCCCUCUUCCUGUUAACCUUCAUGUACAAACAAGAGCAGGAGGAUGAUGCAAAGCCCAGUUUAGAGCCAGUCUGAAUUCUUGAAGGACAUUAAUGGCCCAAAACUAUUUUUGUUUUUCCAUUCAAAUGUGUAUGUCAAGAUACGGACAUUUCAGGACUAAGUACUGUAUGUUCCCAUUUUGUUUAGGGCAAGAAAUAUUUGAAUUUAAAAGCACUUUAUUUUCUCCAUCCUAAAGAAGUUACAGUGUCCAUCAUUUUGAUUAUGAGUCUAACAGGACCCCCUGCAAAGAAUCAAGCAAGACUUGCAAGUGAAGAAAGUUUGGGUGAAGAAAACAGAAAAGUCAUAAAUCACAAUGUCAUUUCUCCAAAAUAGAAAGGCACAUUAAUGAGUUCAAACUAAUAUAUUAACCAAAAGAUGUUAAAAAAUCUAAAAUGUUCAGAGUCAGGUCUAUUCUAUGUACAGUUACAAGGCAGUAUCAUUGUUUCAGAUUUCUGUGAAAGCUUCCACAAUUUCUGUGAAAGGAUAUAACAUAGAAAAUGUUUUAGGUUUAACCUGUUUAGAAAAACUAAUGCUAAAAAAAAUUUGAACUACUGUAUUUAUAAUUUAUUACCUCUGAGUAAUUGCUUUCUUUCAACGUACGAAACAUUACAUUUUCUUAAUGUUUCCUUUGAAAAUAAUUUAAGAACCACAUUUAUUUUCUGUAGUGUUGAGACCUUUUUUCUCAGAACUCCAUCUUUGUACUCUUCCGAGGAAUAUCUAGACACUGUGGCAUACUUUAUUUUUUUCAUUAAAACUUGUAGUUUCACACAACCCCAGUUCAAUUUUUUUUUUUUUAAGAACUUUUAUUAUGUCACGUGUACCUCAGAGAAAGCAGAGGUUUUUCUAAACUCGACAGGGUCCUUCACUUGGGGUACAUUUCAUUAACUUGAUUCGAAAAUGAGUAAGUAUCUUUGGCAUGGGGAUUAUGACAGCUAUUUCAAAUGUGUCAACAUUUGUGUGCCGAGUAGCUAAGACGUGGAGGGAUGGAGCACCGCUAACAGACUUCAGUGUAGAAAACCACAGGGAGAUACAGACAGAGGCAUGGGGCCCGCAGCCCUGGCAGAGUUUUCGCAGCUGUAGGUGUCUCCGCAUGCGUUUCGUCUGAGGAGCUCAGUGCUUUCAGAGGUGCACGCUGAGCGGCCUGUGUAGUAGCUCCCUGAGGUAAGUCAGUGAGUGUCAUUUUCAUGUUCCGCGUUAGUACACCAAGGCACCGGAACACGGAGUGCCUUGUUCGGCUGCAUAGCAAAUGACAAAAGCUGAAACUGAAGCCACACUUAAUUCUUCUGCGUGCUAUUCAGUGACUCACACUUCGCCUGUACCCUCUUAGUAGUAGUUUGCAGAGAGUAACAUAAGUUAUAGCAGUGACCGUAAAGCAAAUGUGUGAUCGUCCGUCUUCAUUCUCAGGUUCGGGCACCCACAGGAGAGGCUCCCUAGUAGCCGUCGCUGCCACGGCCAUUCCGAGUGGCGUCCGCUAGGUUCCACUCACGGUGCUGUCUUUACUUCCCGUCACUCUGCAGUGAUAAUUAUCAACAAGGGGCAAAGCUGCUCAGUCACACAUCUCACCUCUCUUUAUAAGACGGCAGAGAUUGACUGCGGAGUAGGAUCGUAGGUUUUACAUCAGUGCUGCUGACUGUUUGGACCUUCCAUUGAAUCCGCACCACAUAAAGCACUUUGUUUGGGGCUGGGGAUUUAGCUCAGCGGCAAAGCGCCUGCCUGGCAAGCGCAAGGUUAUGAGUUCGGUUCCCGGUACCGGAGAAAAACCAAAAAAAAAAAAAAAAAGCACUUUGUUUUAGUGUUUUUAAAAAAUCCCAAAGUCCCAUGCUAAGUAUGUAACUCAUGAAGAAACCCAUGCUGUCAGUGGCAUUUGAUGAGACCUUAGCAAAAGCUGAAGAAGAAAUCUCUUGAAUUUAGAGAUUCCUAUGAACUCAGGUCAUUUUCAUAGCCCAUUAAUUUUCUGGGUCUAAUUCAGUUCUCAGGAAAAUCGAACCCACGUCCUGUGACUGUCAUUAAAGGUACUUGAGCCUGCGUUGCUCUAGGUGGUGUGACGCUCAGACGUGUAAGAGCUUUAAGAGAUUCCUUCUUAGCCACUGGAAUGUGGAGAGCCCACUUUACCUUAAAAGACUGAGAUUCUAUCAAACAUUUUCAUUUGCUAUUGAGUCAAAACAAAAACGUGUUCCCAUAGGCACAGGACUAUGUCUUCGUCCUUUUCUUCCUACUGAGAAAACAGGUUUCGCCACUUGGAGUUUAUUUGAAUUCUCGGAAAGUGCAACGUUCAAAACGCCCUUUUCAAAAUAGAUGUUCUGGACCACGGGACAGGUGUUUUGUCUUCAGUUCAUUAUUUCAUCAAUACAGAUGGUGAUUUCGGUUUUAUAGUACUCUCAAUUCCGUGUUUCUGCAUGUUAUCAUGGGAUGUACUUGUAUGUACUCAAGUAAUAUACAGAGUAUGUGUAAUUCUGGCUUGAUUUAGAAGCUAAGUCAGUUACUAAGUAACAUUUUACAACUUUAUUCCAGCAAGUACUAAAUUGGUUCCAAAAAGUUCUGUUUUUGAUACUAUUAAAGUUUUAUUCUCUA